AAAAAUUGGAAUUAGGCAUGCCAUGAGAUCUUUUUUUGGAAACAUGUUAUCCAUUUUUCCCAUAACAUCCAUAACAUUUUGAAACACGAACGAGUCAACAUCACGACAACCAACCAAAUAUCUAACUAGAAUCCAACAUAAUGCACGAUUACUUGGAAGAUUUUGAAAAUGGACAACAGGAGGGUCCAAUGGUGAAUAUGGAUGAGCUGGAGAACUUGCAGGAGGACCUGAACAAUGUCCUGGACGACGAGGAGUUUGAGGUCGCGUCAGAGGACAGAGAUAGUGACGGGGACAGUGUGGACACAAAUGAAAUCGGACUGGCGGCCAUACCGGAGGAGCUGGACGAGGAGAUGAAUGCGCUGCGUAGUAACGGCCCGGAGGCCAAGCGACUGGAGAAGUCACAGCAAACUCUACCCGAAGAACUCGAUCCUCGGGAAUACAAGAUGAUGGAAGCCACAUUCAUUCAUCUUAAGUCGUGCAUGCGAUCUGAGAGACACCAGUUGAGGGCCAACAUCAGGAUCCAGCGGCGGGUCAUGUCCUUGGAAGAGAAGCUCCUGUCGGAGAUGGAGGAGGUGAGACCAUCGGUGGUGGUGUCUCCACCGUCUUUAGCUGGCCUGGCUAAGGAUAGCAUCAUCCAGGACGUCUCCCUGCAGCUGAUUCUGUCAUUGGUGUUGCAAAUUGAAGAGUAUCAGGAUCGAAUCACAGAACUAAAGGACUUGCAACUGGAUUAUCAUUCGAAGAAACCCAGCUCCACUAAUGAAGUGCUCCAGUACCCACCACACGACGAGAACGGAGCCCCAAAGAUCCUCAUUUUCGAGCAGGAGGUCAACUUCAUCAAGAAGUACAUCAAGCACCGCCGACAAUACCUAGAGUACCAGAAAGAGUUCUACGCAAAAAUUGUUCAGUUGAAUGCCCGCUGGCGACAGCCACCUCCUGCAGUUUCCGAAGAAGGAUCAUCUCUCGAGGAUGCGAAUAGUUCAAGUAAUCACCAAACUCCGAAAGCUACACAAACACCAGAGAGAUCAAGAUCGUCCAGGGGUGCAGAAUGCAUUAUUAAUAUGUCGGCCAGGACCCGGCCUGGACCUCUAGAGGAGCGUAACAUCCGCCAAAAGUACUCCCAAGUCGAUUAAGCAUUUCAUAUCCAUAGCCUCUAAGCAUCUUUAGUUCAACGGAGAGAUUUAAAAUUUAAGGAUUGCCGCCUGUGUUUUCUGAAUUUAAGAUAACCCAUUCAGUUGGAUUCCAAAUCAAACUGGCAACAAAACACCGAUGUCUGAUUCAUCAUUCGAAUAAAUGUAGUUUAUUAUUCAUUUUA